CAUUUUCUGUCAACGCAGUAGGAGCUGAAACACGACACUUCCGCUGCAGCCAGACAGGAUUUCUGUGUUUUACCUUCCACUCCGUGUCUUUGGUUUAAAGCAUCAGGACUUCUGACGAUUUCCAGCUUCUCUCCUGACCCUCUUCCGUCCAAACACGCACCCAUAAGUGGGCAAUCAUGAACUGGGGUAAUCUAGAAGUGCUCCUGAGUGGAGUUAACAAUUACUCCACUGUGUUUGGCCGGGUCUGGCUCUCUAUGGUGUUCAUCUUCCGGAUCCUGGUGUUUGUGGUAGCAGCUCAGCGGGUGUGGAGCGACGAAAGCAAAGACUUUGACUGCAACACUAAGCAGCCAGGCUGCACCAAUGUCUGUUACGACCACGUCUUCCCCAUCUCCCACAUCCGCCUGUGGGCCCUGCAGCUCAUCUUCGUCACCUGCCCAUCGCUCAUGGUCGUCGGUCACGUCAAGUACAGGGAGAAGAAGGACAUGGAGUACACUACCUCCCACAAGGGGGAGCACUUGUAUGCCCGCCCUGGAAAGAAACGUGGAGGCCUGUGGUGGACUUACCUGGUGAGUUUGAUCUUCAAGGCGGGCUUCGAUGCUGGCUUCCUCUAUAUCCUGCAUUUCAUCUACAAGGGUUACGACAUGCCCCGCCUGACCAAGUGCGAACUGCCACCUUGCCCCAACGUAGUGGACUGCUACAUAUCCCGGCCCACGGAGAAAAAGAUCUUCACGCUCUUCAUGGUGGUCUCCUCUGCUGCCUGCAUCUUAAUGUGCAUCUGCGAAAUGGUGUACCUCAUCUUCAAACGUAUCAAAAAGAUCAUUAUAACGAAGAAGGAGUACGACAUGCAGAGGUUCUUGGAAAGUCACAAAAUGACGCCCCUCUCAGAUCCAAGGCCGUUCAGAUCCAAAGAAAGAGUGGAUCCUACAGUAUCUAUUCAGAAUCUCAACAACAUCAACACUGAAGAAAAGCCUCUUAAGCGAGUGGAGGAAAGCUAGCAGUACACUGUCCAGAGUGUUUUUGUCGAACUCCAUGGAGAGAGGGAGUUCUCCAUGAGAGAAAACGCCAGUUGCUUUAAGCAAUCCUUUAAUGUGGAUUUGUAAAUAAUUUAGAUGAUAUUCUGAAGGACACGAUGUGCACCUCUUCUCUCUUAACACAGAGGUCUCCAGUGUGAAAGGAUUGUGUGUUUGACUAGUCUUAUUUGACUGGUUGUAAUUGUGUUCUGGUUGUGCUAUCUGUAAUAUUUGUAAAUAACUACAACACAAA